UAUUCGCAAUCUAUACGAAUAAAAUUAUCGCUCGCAAAAUGGAAACCGAAAUUCAAUGAGAUGGCUGCCCUCGUGAAUAUGGAAUUGGAAGAAUUUCGCGACAGUAUUGAUAUCCGGCAACCUUUGUGGCAGGACUCUCUUGAAUACAUUCGAGCUGCAAGACGUGAUGUGUAUCUAAUUAUAAAAUUUCAAAAACUCUGAAAGAGAGAUAACAUAACGUUAUCAAUUUAAUUAUUGGCAAAUACGACCCUGACAAUUCUGGAUGUAAUAAUUAAAUGACACACGUGACUUACUUACUGGUUCAAUAAACAUACAAUCUAUGAAUUACUCAGCUUAUUAACCGAUAUAAAGCAGACUAUUCGCCCGAUCGUUCGAUCAUUCUUCAGGAGUAUAUCAACGUCGCUUGAAGUGAUCAUGGAGAAGCAGGUCUUUGCUGUAAUUAUCGCUGCGAGCAUCGCAGCAUUGAUUCCAACCUCCGAGGCCGCAGCAUAUAACUGUACGACGUACGGCAGAUAUGCUAUAACUACGGACACAACUUGUCAGUCCUAUUACUUGUGCUUUCCUGAAGACGACGGGACAUACACCGUUUACAAUGAAACUUGCCCAACGACGACGCUUUUCGAUCCAACGACAGCGAAUUGCGUUAACUCGAGUUCCUAUACUUGUACAAAUGGAGAAGAUUCAACGACCACUGAGGCAACAGAAACCACCACAACAGCAGCAUAUGACUGCACUACGUAUGGCAGAUAUGCUAUAACUACGGACACAACUUGUCAGUCCUAUUACUUGUGCUUUCCUGAAGAUGACGGGACCUACACCCGGUACAAUGAAACUUGCCCAACGACGACGGUGUUUGACCCAACAGUUGCGAAGUGCGUUAACUCAAGUGCCUAUACCUGCACCAACGAUGCAACUACCACUGAUGCUGCAACUACCACAGAUUCUGCAACUACCACAGAUUCUACGACUACCACCGAUGCUACAACCACUACCGUAGCUGCAACCACUACCGAAGCUGCAACCACUACCGAAGCUGCAACCACUACCGAAGCUGCAACUACUACAAUAUUUGCCUGCACUGCAUAUGGUAGAUAUGCGAUAACUACGGACACAACGUGUAAAACGUAUUAUUUCUGCACCCUGAACAGUGACGGAAGUUUUACCAUGGAAGAAUUCACUUGUCCAACAACAACGAUCUUUAAUCCGACAAAGUCAAAGUGCGUCGCACCGUCUGCGUAUACCUGUACAAAUUAGACUGAGAACAUGCAUGGGAAUCACUUAAAAAUAUUUUAUUGUGAAUAAAAUUGACUUAUUGCUAUGACGUGUUGGCAGCUAUAGUUACGCGAAAUCGCACAUUUAUCCGGUCUAAUUCCAAGUUUGUAUUUCACACAUAGCUUCGUGAUUAAUCAAAUUAGUCAGAUUUUUGUUGAGUAAAAUAAUUGAACAAAUAAAGUAUCGUUUCAAAUGUG